AUGGGCGGCCACUGGGGCUGGGAAAUGGCGGCGCUGCUCCUAAGUUGCUGCUCGCUUGUCGCUACCAUCACCGUUCUGAAGUUAUACGACGGCACCAACGUGAAUUCCUGGAAGUUCUACCUCUCCUUGAGCACGACCCUCUCGAUCUUAUCCCAGGUCUCGCGCACCUCCACGGCAUUUGCACUCACCUCAUGCAUUGGGCAGGCCAAAUGGAACUGGUUUUCGAAGCGGGAAGACCACCUGACUACGUUUACCUGGUUCGAUGCGGCGAGUAGAGGCCCCCUUGGGAGCGUAGCUUUGUUCGAGCCUUACUCGGAUGUCAUCAGUGCUGAGCAAAUUUUGUAUGGAUUAGGGAGGAAGACACCGGGGAUUGAAGCAAUUUGGUUGAAUAACCCAAAGGGCAAACUGGUGCUGGAACGGCUUUCCAGUUUGGACAGUUUGUUUAGCCUGACCGCUGGGAAGGUGAUCGCAGACCGUCGGGAAACCUUUUAUUUUCGCGACGCCUUCACAACGUUCAUCGUCUUCCAAAUCCUCAAGCCCCCCAGGAAUUACACAUUACAAGUAUCGGCUUGGAAGGACGAGCCACCGGAGGCAUGGGAGUGCGGAUUCUCCUUCUGUCUUAACCGGUACAACUCGACAGUCCAGGACGGCAUUUUGUACGAGACGGUCCUCAAUUCGACCAAGCAGACGUCACCAGAGUCUAUGAGGGCUCACCCUCAUAUAAACGACAACCACAUGAGAAACAUUACCAACGGCACGGAGCAGUGGUACUUCUGGAGUUAUCCAAGCAAUUACUCCCUCUAUAGCCCCUUAGGAGACGAACUUUCCGCCAACCUAACCCUUCCAAAUCCCUCCAAACUGUGGGAUUUUGCCCGCAGCUCUCUCGACCUACAAAUACCCGAUUCUUGGGAAACCCUCUCGUACGCGGGAAACUCCAGCUAUUAUCCGUACAGAAACGACUCCCGCACAUUUUCGAUCGGCGACUCCACCGUCCGCUCAACAAUCUAUUGGUUCCUCGACAAAUACCGCAUGUUCGUCGGCACGGCCCCGUGCCUCGCCUACAACGGCCUCAAAUCCUACAACGACAACGACGUCAUGGGCAAGUCCAUAGCCCAGUCGACCAACAUCACCGAGACGUUCGAGAACACAGCCAAGCGGAUGACGGCCUUUAUGCUCGAGAUUCCCCAGACUGCCGAUAACGAGCAGGUCUACGUCAACGGCCAGGCGUUUGUCUGGGUGGAACACAUUCGCAUACGCUGGCCGUUUGUCACAUUUCCUGUUGCUGUCGCGGUCGCCGGGUUGGUCUUCGUCCUGCUGACGACUGAGGGAGUGGCAAACAAGGUCUCGGAACAAACCGUUGUUACCUUGAGCAUGGACUCAGCUGAUGGGAGUUUUGAGCUGAAGGAGUCCAAGGAGUCGGCUUCGUCGACUGGUGCAUUACUGGAGAGAUAUGCUUCUUCAAGCGAGACGCUCACGAACCGAUACAGAGACGAGCGGGAGGGGAUGUGA